AUGUCUGCUACUUCAAACUGUGAUUGCUUAGUGAGUGUACCAACCGGACCAACGCUGGCUGCAACAUGUGGUGGUAGCGCUUUUAUGUUAUUUAUGGGCUUAUUAGAGGUUUUCAUACGUUCACAAUGUGAUUUAGAAGACCCAUGUGGCAGAGCGAGUUCAAGGUUUCGUUCAGAACCAGAUUAUGAAUAUGACUUCAUUGUGGUUGGUGGUGGUUCAGCUGGUUCUGUGGUUGCAUCACGUCUGUCUGAAGUGCCAAAUUGGAAAGUCCUACUCAUUGAAGCAGGUGGUGAUGAACCCGUUGGGGCACAAAUACCUUCUAUGUUUUUGAAUUUCAUUGGCAGCGAUAUUGAUUGGCGUUAUAAUACUGAACCAGAACCAAUGGCUUGUCUUUCAUCCGAAGGUCAACGCUGUUACUGGCCUCGUGGUAAAGUUCUUGGUGGUACCUCAGUUCUGAAUGGUAUGAUGUACAUUCGAGGCAACCGAGAAGAUUAUGAUGAUUGGGCUGCUAUGGGAAACCCGGGUUGGAGUUUUAAAGAUGUCUUACCAUUUUUCCUUAAGUCUGAAGAUAAUAUGCAAUUGGAUGAAGUAGGCACAGAAUAUCAUGCAAAGGGUGGACUAUUACCUGUUUCGAAAUUUCCAUACAAUCCUCCACUAUCUUAUGCUAUCUUAAAAGCUGGCGAAGAAUUAGGCUUUUCAAUACAAGAUCUUAAUGGACAAAAUUCAACCGGCUUCAUGAUUGCUCAAAUGACAGCACGCAAUGGUAUACGUUACAGCUCGGCACGAUCUUUCUUACGUCCUGCCCGUACACGCAAUAAUCUUCACAUUCUACUCAACACAACAGUUUCAAAAGUGCUGGUUAAUGCCAAUACCAAGACUGUGCUCGGUGUUGAGGUUGUAGAUCAGUUUGGAAGCAUGCGUAAAAUCAUUGCGAAAAAAGAAGUUAUCAUAAGUGGUGGUGCUGUAAACUCACCACAAAUACUUUUACUUAGUGGAAUUGGACCCAAAGAAGAUCUAAUGAAGGUCAAUAUACGUACUGUUCAUAAUCUACCCGGUGUCGGAAAAAACCUACACAAUCACGUUGCUUAUUUCACAAAUUUCUUUAUUGAGGAUGCAGAUACAGCUCCACUGAAUUGGGCUACAGCUAUGGAAUAUUUACUUUUCCGCGAUGGUCUUAUGUCCGGUACUGGUAUAUCAGAUGUAACUGGUAAAGUAGCAUCACGUUACGCUGAUCGUCCCGAUGUACCAGAUUUACAAUAUUAUUUCGGUGGCUAUUUGGCAAGUUGUGCACGUACCGGUCAAGUGGGCGAAUUACUUUCAAAUAAUUCACGCAGCAUACAAAUAUUUCCAGCAGUAUUAAAUCCAAAAUCUCGUGGCUAUGUCACACUAGCUUCGGCUGAUCCAAUGGCAUCCCCACGUAUAUUUGCAAAUUAUCUAACCGAUGAACGUGAUGUCAAAACACUUGUCGAGGGCAUCAAAUUUGCUAUACGACUGUCACAAACAACACCCAUGAAACAAUAUGGUAUGCGUUUAGAUCGUACAGUGGUAACGGGCUGUGAAUCACAAACCUUUGGUUCAGACGCUUAUUGGGAGUGUGCGGUGCGUCAAAAUACUGGUCCAGAAAAUCACCAGGCAGGUUCGUGUAAAAUGGGACCAGCACGGGAUCCCAUGGCGGUUGUUGAUCAUGAGUUACGUGUACAUGGUGUACGUGGUUUGCGUGUAAUGGAUACAUCUAUUAUGCCAAAAGUAACAGCUGGUAAUACGCAUGCACCAGCUGUGAUGAUAGCAGAGAAAGGCGCGUAUUUAAUUAAACGUGCUUGGGGUGCUAAAGUCUGACGUUUAGAUGCAACGUGGACGCUGCGUAGAGUAAUUUAAAAUUUUAUAAUAUUAUAAACAAAAUUUUUAAUUAAUAAAUUUAUUUUGUAGUAAAAAUUCAAAAA